CCUAGACAUGGAGAGGACGAGAGAAUCAAAGGUACUACAUAUCUCGUUCGCAGUAUCUUCCCUUUCCAAUCCAUCCAGCCGCAAUAUCCAUGACGCUGUGCGAACUAAGCACCGCCAACCAUCAUUCUCCUCCAUUGGAAUGUAGCGCGUUCUCCACCGAGCCGCGCGCCUCACAAAGCGCCGUCCGAGGGGAGUCACACAGAAGCUGCGUCGAGGCAUUAUCUCGCAGCGCUCAGUAUUGGUCGAGCUACUCGGUAUCUGCGCGAAGUCUCGCAACUAUGCUACGCAUUUCGACGCUGGAACGACAUCGAUACUGCCAGGGAUAUCUACCGGAACGCAACGCUGGAAAGUUGGCAUUUCUUCAGCAUCUGAACAAGAGGGAAGCAUCACUGCACAGGGCAGAAGAGGCCGCGCAACUUCUCCUCCGGGUAACGUCGUCCUGGCGAAGGCCCAUCACGUUCGUUCAUCAUUCUGUUUGCAGAACAUCUUGGACGGCGUCGCAGACUUCCGCUCAUCCGCGACGGCCGCACAAUCAGCUCUUCAAGACUUCAUUUACAAGGCAUCAGCGGGCCUUGAUCAGGUCUGCGUGUUAUGUGGUCCACUGAUGCAGUCAUGUCACUGAUACUGGCGCUUCGCUACGCAGACCGCGCUGGCUUUGACGGAUGCUAUCAGCGUGGUCCUAACACAAGCAGAACGCAAUCAGAUGGAGCCGUCUCGCGGGUGUGUAUGGGAGCGCGGAUGUCAUACUCGAACUGAACUUACAUAUAGGUCGAUUCCGCGCUCGGAGAAGCUCUUCAUCGCCAUCGACAUCUCUGAACCUUGUCACUACUUCUAUCGGACAGUCCUACAUGCCGAGAUGGAAGAGCUGAUGGGUGCCCUGGGGCAGCACUUCACUGGGUUACGCGAAGGCGCGGUAAGAUGAUCUGAUGCAUGCAACGAACUCUGACCUCUUC